GGCUUACUCCUGUCUUGGUCAUCCCUCCGGCGACAAGCCUUUACUCACGCUCGUUUGGUAGGCAGCAAGCCCUUCGAUUGCUUCCUGGUUCGUCGCUCUUUACUUCGCAUCCGCUUCGACCGCGCUUGAGGUCGCUUUGAAUCUCUCCUUUCUGAGAGCCCUUUCCCUGCUAAAACAAGGCUAACACCACCACCACCUCAGAGCAAAGAUCCUCCCCGAGUCAAGCCAACAGCAAUGGCACGCCUCACCCUGCUCGCUUUCCUCCUCGCCGCCGCGCUGGCUGUCAUGUCAGGCAUGGCUGAGAACAGCACGAUCCUGAACGAAGUCCUCGACCAUGCUCCGGGCGCAAAUGACGAUGACGGCAACCUGAUCCGUUUCAUCAACGGCGGCGCAGACCCUGACGAUGAUGAUAUCGAGGAUGAGGGACUGGCCCGUCGCAGGUUCCACGCUCGACACGCAAAGAAGCACAAGUCAAAGAAAGUGGGCGUUCACAAGUAUCAGCCCGGCAAGAAGCUCUGGGUCAGAGACUGCCAGAUCACCUGGUACGCCUCAAACGACCUCAAGAACCCCCAGUGCGGUAACGGGAAGUGGAACCCCCAUAACGGUAACCACAUUGGCGCAGUCAUGGCUGGAUGGGAUGGAGGGCCCAAAUGCGGCGAGUUCAUUGACCUUUGCCGCGGAAACGCCUGCGUAUCCGUUCGUAUUGUCGACAAGUGUGCUGGCUGCGGGAAGAACCACGUCGACUUGACGAAGUCUGCAUUCAAGCGCCUUUCCCCAUCUGGUACCUUGAAGGAGGGCAGGAUCCACGGCUUGAAGAUGUUCCACAACAGCAAGCCGAACCCAUGGAAUCUCCAGCUCUUCGGUCCAUACAACCUCAAGGGCUAAGGCUUGAGUCAAAGUACAAGCGCUGACGGCGAGCAGCGCCAGAGUGUGGGGCCGGCCCCAUUCUUCGGCAUGCUCUGCGUCGCACCUGGUUCUCUUACACGGUUCCAUUGACGCACAUGCACCUUCUUCCAAACAACCCGUCAAUAUUCAUACGCGGUCUUGAUGACGCGCGGAUGG